AUGCGCAGAUCGCAAAGCUUAAGCACGGCGGUGACCAGAAAUGUGAUCGUGGUUGGUUUGUGCAUCUCCAUCAACUACAUCAACGGCACGCUCGUCCACACCUUCAUCAAGCAUGAGAUCUUCAACAAUAAUCCUCGCUACAUUCUCUUCGUUCACAUGGUGUUCAACGACAUGAUUCAACUGUCGGUUGCGGUCGUCCUUCACGUUUUAAGCUACACCGUGUUUACUCUCAAUGUCUCUUUCUGCUGUGUUUUAUUGAUCUGCGUUAUAUUCAUGACACUCAACACGCCUCUGACCCUCGCUAGCAUGGCUGUGGAGCGCUACAUAGCCAUCUGUAACCCUUUACGUCACGCUCAGAUCUGUACGGUGCCUAAAACGUACAUCCUUAUCGGCCUGAUCUGGGUCCUGAGUGCCAUUCAGGUUCUUCCAGACCUGUUCAUCCUGUUCGCUGUAAAACCUCUAACCUUCUUCUACAGCAGCGUGGCCUGCGUCAGAGACAACGUGUUCGAUAACCCGUAUAUAGUGCAAAAGAGAAAUAUCGUGUACAUCGUUUAUCUGAGCUUCGUGUGGCUCACUAUAGCGUACGCCGCCCGAAGAUCAUGUGUUUUGUGCGAGCCGCGAACGGAUGCUCGCAAAGCUCGGAGUACCAUCCUCCUGCACGGGGUCCAGCUUCUGAUGUGCAUGCUGACGUUCGUCGGGCCCUUCCUGGACAGGCUGCUUUUGGAAAUGUUUCCACUGUACAUUGUAGAUACGAGAUUCGGAAGUUAUUUAGUAAUCCAGGUAAUCCCCAGGUUUAUCAGUCCAAUUGUGUACGGCGUGAGAGACCAAAUGUUUUGCAAAUACCUGAAAAGAUACUUACUGUGUUCAAUGUUCAAGAUCAGGAGGAACAUACAAAAUCUCCAAUCUACUGGAAAUUUGGCUAAACAACUUUGGAUAAAAACAUCAAACAAAUUUAAUGUACAACAACAUCCUGAGAUAUCGUCAGUCAUUGUAAAGAAAUCAGAUGGACAGACAAGAUGGGCAUCAUGUUGCAUCUUAUUUUCCUCGUUUGUUCUCAGACUUAAGGCCCGCGUGAUGAAUUCAACAGGAGGCCAGCAACUCCUCGUGAGAGACACGUUCACCACGGCCUUCGUUAAGAACUUCAUCAUGGUCCUGGUGUGGCUUCUCCUCAGCUACAUCAACGGCAGCGUCGUGGCCACCUUCUUCAGACACCAGAUCUUUUACGAGGACCCCCGCUACAUUCUAUUCAUACACAUGGUGAUCAACGACGCGGUGCAGCUCACCGUGACCAUCGUUCUGUUGGUGGUCAGCUACACCCUGUACACCAUCAGCGUAGGAGUGUGUUGUUUCUUCAUCCUGGUGGCCGUGUUCACCACCAGAAGCACGCCCGUCAAUCUGGCAGGCAUGGCCAUCGAGCGUUACGUCGCGAUCUGCCAUCCUCGUCAAGCGCAGAUCUGCACCGCGCGCCGCGCGUACCAGCUCAUAGCGGCCGUUUGGUUCGUUUCCGUAGCCCCCGACAUCACUGACCUUUUCGUGACGUUGUCCACGGAGCCCAUGAGCUUCUUCCAAACGAGCGUGUUUUGUCUCCGACAGAACGUGUUCAAGGACCCCGUGCUGCUGUACAAACGCCAGGCGUUCGACGGCAUUUAUUUCUCGCUGGUGUUCCUCACGCUGCUGUUCACGUACCUGCGCAUCGCGCUCGCGGCCCGCGCGCUCUCCAACGACAGAGCUUCCGCCAGCCGCGCGACCAGCACUAUCUUGCUGCACGGGUUCCAGCUGCUGAUGUGCAUGCUGUCUUACGUGUCUCCCAGCGUGGGCGUGCUGGGCAUCAUCUUCCCGGGGCGUCCGCAAAUCCCGUUUCGCCAACGCUAUCGUGUGUAUAUUUUGCCACGCUUUUUGAGUCCGAUCAUAUACGGAGUGCGGGAUAAAAAGUUCCGCAGGUAUCUAAAGAGGUAUUUUGUGUGCGGUCUCGCUGGGAUAGACACCAGUGUAGAGUGUAAAGAUGAAGAAGAUUAA